CUGGAAACGAAGAAGAAACGUUGGACGUUCAGCAUGACGUAAACCAGUUACAGCUACCGCGGAAGAAACUAAAACGACCGAGAAAAAGCAUCGGGAGACAAAAAAAAGAGAUAAAUAGAUAGAGAAACGGACAUCAAGUGUGAACAAGUGUAAAAUGUCCGAAAACGAAACAAAAUCGGCUUCACCGAUACCCACGGUUAUGUGCGCGCAAUGUUGUAGUAGCAAUGACGGCGGUGGUGACAGUGGCGGUGGCGGCGGAAGUGGAGGUAGUGGUCUGUCGACCACACAAUGUCCGGCCCUGCAGGUCACCUCACGGAUGCUGCGCUCACCGAGUCAUGAGAGCGUCACCACCGACCUGUCACUCUUCAGCGUGUCAUCGAUCGCAAGCGAUCUGCGCAGCGCCAACAGGUUGGUUACUUUCAAAUCCUACAGCGAUGCGCAACUCACCGGACGGGGGCCCUCACCGAAACCAGAUUCUCGACAGAUUCAGGGCAACAGGCCGGCAGACAUUCCAGAGAUUUUAUGGUUUGAGGAAGAGAACGAACUAAUUCGCAGCUGCGGUGUUCUGUCGUCAGCAUUGGGAUUGCGUAAGAGUUUUAGUACGAGUGAUGUGUCGCAGCUUCCUAGCCCAGACGCAGCUGGAGCCGGUGGCCUACGAACGGCAGUAUCCGCUUUAGCUCUCGACACUGCCCAGCGCAAUACUCUGCUGCUGGAACAUGCCAGACUCGAUCAUGCCUCGAGGUCCUGUAGCACUUGGGUUGCCGUGGGUGAACCCGUGGCCAGUACGUCCCAGCUUCCUAGCCCGCAUGGAGGAACCGCGCAAGAACAGCAGCCUCAACAACAACAGCAGCAGCAGUCGCAGUCGCAGCAGCUCCAAUCGCAGCAGCAAUCUUCAUCAAACGCUCAAUCGGUGCCACAAUUACCACCACAACCACCGGCACCGCCACCACCACCUGUGCCCUUCACUGGAGCGGAUCUCGUGAGGUCCGUCAAUAAGAAAGUCAGACAGAACUACAUACGCCGAAGGUUAUUGACCACGUACCGCGCUUUGGAGCGCCUUUCGCAGAGUGAAUUUAAUCUAGAUCAGUUAGAAGCUGCGGCUACCGCGGCACAGAGCUCUCAUGGUACCACUUUGCUGGUGCCCGGAACAGCCGCCGGAGUUCCUGGUGCUUCCUUGAUUGGGCGAAAGGAGCGAAAUCAUGCGUUGACCAUACGGGACGUUGAGAGAGAACGUGGAAAUCAGCUGUCCAAGUAUGAAAGGAACAUGAUGAUCUUCAAUUGGCUUCACACUUUGGACGACAGUGCGGUCGUAGAUAGCGUCGAAUAAGGGACAAGGAAACUUCUCCAAUAUCUACCGCAACUCCGACAACGUACGACCUAUCGUGCCUAAGUCUCUUCCUCUUCGAUAUUCCUUUAUCGAGGACGCUUCGUUCUUCGACACUAUAUUGCUGCACCUCGGAGAAUAAUACGUAAGACUUCUUUACUGUUAACUAUAUUGAGUUAUGACAUCUA